ACGAGCUUCGAUGACUCACACAAAACAAGCUCCAAUUCGAAGCCUCAUCUCCCCUCGACCCGAGUUGAAUCCAUCGCAACCCAACGUAACGCUGAUUCGAUUUCACUCACUCACUUGCUCGCUCACUCGCUGCAUCGCUGCUCCUUUCACACACGCUGCACAUUCGGAUGGUGGGGAAGGAAAGGGAAGCUUGCAGUGUGGGUUUAGGUUUACGUCGAAGAAGAGGAGGAGGAGGAGUUUGGGAGGAUCUGUGACGGAAAUGCUAAUGUGGGUUGUGAGCCGAGACGGCGGUUUCGUGGAGGAGCAGACCGGGCGGGACUGGAGAAACAACGUGUGAAAAGAGCGUUCGGGUCGUGUUUAGACAGUGUGAGAUUUUAUCCAUGCAGGGGUAGUAGUGAGAGCGUUUGGGUAUUUGUCAGAGUGUUUGUGUUCUUUGGAAAAAAAAGUUUUGGGGGGUAGGGGGAGAAACGGUUAUGCUCCGGAUUGUUGGAGGCAUAUGAGACGGUAGAUUAGGGGGAACUUGAGGAUUGGGCGGGAGGGGGGGGGGUGUAUACUUGAAGGGGUGGCGAUGGCGGAUACGGCAGUAGCAGCUGCGAAUGCCCAGCAGCAGCAGCCACAGCCGGCGAAGCCACCUGCGAAGGUGACCAAGAAGGCGACCCCUGCGUCGGCUGCUUCGAAUGCAAAGGCUAACAGGAUUGGCGGGGUUGAGAUGCGGGUGCCGGACAGGAUGGAGGUCGACAUGGCGCGUCAGGAUGUGCUUCGUGUGUGUAAUCCCGACGUCAAGCGGCCUUUUUCCUCAAUUGAUGACGCUUGUGAUAGACUCCUUCCGUAUCAUGUUUUGGCAGAGUAUGACCCUGAAGAAUUGGAACUCACACCCGCUGAAGCCCAAAGUGGUGCAACGUCUUUGUUGAUUUCUAGGGCGCAAUCUUGGAAUGAUACCCUGAAAGCCAAGACUGCUGAGUAUGUUGGAGCCUUGGAGAAACACAUAAACACUUAUAAUUCAGUAAUGAAGAAAAGAGCAGAUGGUGAAAUGCGUGGGGAAGAGAGAUUACUCGUAGAAAAGUACCUGCUUGUUGACGAGAGACAAAAACUUGCUGACGCUCGUGCCAAGAUUGAAGCGAAAGAAAGGGCAGAACGAGAAGCGCAAGAAGCAAGAGUUAAGGAAGCUCUAGCCCAAGCAGAGAAAGCUCGAGCUGAAGCGCAAGCAAGAGCAGAAGCUCAAGCCCAGGCCGAAGCCGCCCGAGCAAAAGCCUUAGCUCAGGCCGAGGCAGCCCAGCAAGCAGAACCCUCACAGCAAGUUAAUCAAGCUUUCUCACCAGAAAUUGAUAUUGACACCGAUGCCUUGCAACCAUCUAUUAAUGGGGAGGGUUUGGAGAACCUAGAAGGGUGGGAGUCUUCUGAAGGAGAGGAGGAAUACGAAGAAGGUCAACCCAGUAAAGAAGACGAAGAAGAUGAGGAGGAGGAUGAUAACCCUGAUAGUUUAUUCGCUGAGGACGAUGGGAUGGACAAUACAUAUGAAGAUCAUCAUUCUAGCUGAAGAGUGCUCCCGUAAGCUUUUGGCUGUUAGGUUUCACCAAUCUCAUGUGGCAAGUUGGCGGGCAGAGGAUGCUGCGACUUUAUACUAUGUAUCGUAUGUAUCGGCUAAGGUGAAGUCUUUUUACAGAUUGAUCCCCUUGGGCAGGUCGAAAACGAGAUAUUUAACUUCGAAUUGCUGCUGAGAGACUGCCAUUCAGGAUGAUUUUCCAGGUUGUGACUUGUCCUGUGAUAGAAUGCCAGGUCAAGGCGUUAGUCUGGGCGUGUAUCUUCCUAUCCACAUUCAAUUGGUACAGGUGUUAUUGAUUGAAGUGAUAUGUGUGGAAGGAUUUUAAAUCGACAUAAUCCUUGGAAGUGAGAUUCAGUCCCACAAACCAACACUGCCAGGUGGGAAAAUUUGCUUCUUGUAUGCUAUGACGCAGACUACAUUGUUCGCUCUUCUGCUUCAAAUUUUAGAAGUGCAGGCUAGUAGUUACUGCAGAUCAAAGCUGGACCACAGAAAAUUUCAGAUCUAAAAAAGAUUUUCAGUCAUUGUAAGCCUGUUACCAUUAUUGGAGACCUGCUAGAUAUUCUGUGAACUUGGACAGUGUAGAGUGCGUUCCCUUUCUUUGACUCCCAUCUGACUAUUAUGUUCUGAUUUGUCGUAAAAAACCUUGAGAAAUCUUUGAAGUUACGUGACGCUGUAAUGGAACACGCAUUCUCUACUAGACGUUGUAUAA